AUGCUUCCACCAGAGUUUUUGGGAGAGAUAAGCAAUAGAGGGUUGUUGGCUAGUUGGUGCCCACAAGAACAAGUUCUAAAUCACCCAUCAAUUGGAGGGUUUUUAACACAUAGUGGAUGGAAUUCAACAAUUAAAAGUAUUUCCAGUGGAGUCCCAAUGAUUUGUUGGCCGUUUUUUGCUGACCAACUAACCAUUUGCUGGUCAUGUUGCAACAAGUGGGAGAUUGGCAUGGAGCUUGACAGUGAUGUAAAGAGAGAAGAAGUUUCCAAGCUAGUCAUUGAGUUGAUGAAUGGAGACAAAGGGAAAGACAUGAGGAAGAAUGCAAUUGACUUGAAGAAAAAGGCCGAAAAAGCAUGUACCUCUCCUUCUGGUUCAUCCAUUGUUAAUUUGGGGAAAGUGAUUGACCAUCUACUACAAGGAUCUCCAAAUAGUUUUUAUCUGUUUAGGAUGCGUGUGAGUUUAUGA